AUGUCUUCAAUUAGUGCUGAUAAAUUACGACAUGAAAUUCAAAUAAUUCUUAAAGAUGCUGAUUUAAAUACUUUAUCAUCAAAAAAAGUUCGACAAACACUUGAAACGAUAUUUAACUGUGAUUUUACUGAACGAAAAAAAGAAAUUGAUGAUAUACUUAUGUCAGAAAUAACAGCACGUGAUAUAGUACCAAUUUCAGCACCUGUUGAACCUAUUCCUGUGAAUAAUGAUUUACAAUGUACAACAGUGAUUAAUGAAUCACAAACAAAUAAUAUUUCUACACAAUCAAAUGAUGAGCAAAAUAAACAAACAGAUAAAGAAAUACCAGUAGAAACUCCUCAACAAGAAAAUCGUCCAAGUGUUCGAACAACUUCAGCUAGUUCAAUAGUAUAUAAACAAUCUACAGCAGCUGCACUUAAAAUUGAACGACGACGAACAUGUUAUAAUAAAGAAUUAGAUAUAAGUGAUCAAUUAGCUUGUGUUGUUGGAGGACAUCGAAUGCCUCGAUCAGAAGUUGUUAAACGUAUGUGGGUUUAUUUUAAACAACAUAAUUUAUUGGAUCCUGUCAAUAAACAAUAUGUUAAUUGUGAUGAAACACUUGCUAGAUUAUUUGGGCGAAGACGUAUACGUGCAUUUGGAAUGUUAAAAGAUCUCGCUAGACAUCUGAGUGAUCCAGAUAAACAACAAUUAGAUUAA